CACAACUGCCACCCAGCGUCCAACUUUUCGUUCCAUUUUUCAUACAUAGGCAGACACAGCUGAAUCUCAAAAGGUUCCCAACUUCAUUUGGAUAAGGAAUGUGAAGCCGCAGCAAGCUCUCUAUUCCCUCUGCCACAAACAAAUCAAUCGCUUUCCUCGCCAAUUCCUGCUCAGAAACUCGCUUUCCUUGCCUUAAAUCCUGCUCCGAAGCUCUCCCUUUGAAACAAUUUUAUGAUUUUGCCUAGUUAGCUUGUAUCUCUGAAGAACUCUCUAUUCUACUUUGUUGGAAAUGCCUCUUGUAUGUUCGUCAUCCUCCACAGUUUCCCCUUCAUGUGGUAUUCCAUAUAAACUACAAAAUGUAUACCACAUAAAGAAGCUCAAUUUGAACCCAAAUGUCCAUUUGGGUUACUGCAACAUCUCGUACGGUCAUAUUGCUGCUAGUGGACUAGGGAAUGUUAGAUUUAGGAAGUACUCGCUUACUAGCUCAAAGUUUGUAAUUAGAAACCAGAAAAGUAAUUUUCUUUUAGAGGAAACCUAUCCCGAUUUUGAUUGGGUGGAUGAGGAGCAAGGUGACAUACAAGAAGAUGAGGGGUCUCCAUGGGAAGGGGCGGUUGUGUAUAAAAGAAAUUCUUCAGUAACACAUUUGGAAUAUUGCACCACUUUAGAAAGGCUGGGUUUGGGCAAGCUCUCCACAAAGGUUUCGAGGUCUCGGGCUUCGGUAAUGGGACUGCGGGUGACCAAAGAUGUCAAAGAUUAUCCUGAUGGAACUCCCGUAUUGAUUUCCCUUGAUGUGACAAGAAAGAAGCAAAAGUUGAGGCUUGAUGGAAUCAUCAGGACAGUCCUCUCACUUGGUUGCAACAGGUGCGGUGAACCAGCUGCAGAAAGUAUCUUUUCAAACUUUUCACUCCUACUCAGUGAAGAACCUAUUAAGGAGCCAGAGACAUUGGAUAUGGGCAUAAUGUUUGGGGAGGACAAAUUCAAAAGUUUUGGACACGACCAAGAGGAAAUGGAGGACGAUGAUGCUUGGAUCGAUUUAGAAGACCAGCUGUAUUUUCCUCCUCAAGAAAAAGUUAUCGACAUUUCAAAACAAAUUAGAGAUCUGGUGCACAUAGAAAUCACCAUUAAUGCUGUCUGUGAUUCCAAGUGCAAAGGUAUAUGCCUAAAAUGUGGUUCUAAUCUUAACAUCAGUAGCUGUAGUUGUCAUAUGGGAAAGGUAGAGGAGAAAGGUUAUGGUCCUCUUGGAGGUCUGAAGAAGCAAAUGCAACAAACAUGAUCUUUAAUCAUUCCGACAUUUUUUGUGUGUAAUAUAGUGGCUUUUUGGUAUUUUAUAAGCGAAAACGCAAGGCCUUUCCUUGUUUACUUC